AUGGACUUCAACAGCUCUUCUCCCUUCCCGGAGGGAGUCAUCUCCUUCCUAGACACUGACUUGUAUAAGCUGACGAUGCAAUGUGCCGUCUUCAAGUUCUUCAAGGACGUUCCUGUGACCUAUGCUUUCACCAAUAGAACCCCCGACAAGAAGCUCUCCCGAGCUGCUUUCAAAUGGCUAGAGGAGCAAAUCCGCAGGCUCGGCAACAUCUCACUGUCUGACGAGGAGUAUCGAUUCUUGCAGGAACACUGCAAGUAUCUAACUUCUGACUAUCUCGAAUUCCUCAAGGACUUCCGGCUGCGGCCUCGGGAGCAGGUUUUCACGACAUUCACCCCCGUUGGAGACGACACGGGCUCUGACUCGGAUGUUGGCGACGUCCACAUGGAGAUCAAGGGCACUUGGUCCGACACGAUUCUCUAUGAGAUCCCUAUAUUAGCGCUUACUUCUGAGGCUUAUUUCCGCUUCAUCGACACAGACUGGAACUACGAAGGACAAGAAGAAAAGGCCUUUGAGAAGGGUCUACGCCUUCUUGAAGCUGGAUGCACCACUUCCGAAUUCGGAACCCGAAGACGCCGUGACUACCAUACCCAGGCACUUGUAUUUCGCGGCUUAGUUAAGGCAUCGAAGGAGGCGGCCGCAAAGGGUUUCCCUGGAAAGUUGACUGGCACGAGUAAUGUGCACUUGGCCAUGCGCUUCAACAUCCCGCCUGUCGGCACCGUAGCCCAUGAGUGGUUUAUGGGAAUAGCUGCCAUCACCAACGACUAUACCAAGGCAACCGAAGAGGCUCUGCGUCACUGGGUCAGCUCUUUCGGUCCCAACUUGACCAUUGCUCUGACAGACACCUUUGGCACACAAGAAUUCCUCAGGGCCUUUAGCCUACCCAUCCGUCCGGUUGACGGCGGCUUCAGCCCUGAAGUCUUCCAGAAGGCUGAUGGAAGCAUGAAGACGUACGCUGAGAUGUUUGCCGGAGUACGACAAGAUUCCGGAGACCCCGCCGAAUACGUCAAGCUGCUGCGCGAUUACUACGAUGCGCAGGGCAUCAAGGACAAGAAGACGCUUGUGUUUUCUGACUCGUUGAACAUCGAUAGCUGUCUGGAGUAUCUCGCAAUCUCUCAAAAGUACGGCUUUCAGCCAUCUUUCGGUGUCGGCACCUUCUUAACAAACGAUUUCACGCACCUUUCGACUGGAACCAAGUCAGUGCCACUGAAUAUUGUCAUUAAGCUCAGCUCAGCUGCUGGUCGGCCAGCUGUCAAAAUCAGUGAUAAUUCUGGAAAGAAUACUGGCGACAAGGAGACGGUUCAAAAAGUCAAGCAGCAGAUUGGCUACGUUGAGCGGGAAUGGAAGGAUGGCGACGAGACUGCACGAUGGGGCAAGGAGGAAGAUGUCAAAGCAUAA